GUGGUUAAGUCCUGCCCCCAACCGGCCUUGCGCAAAACUUGGGGCCGGGGCGGGGGGACUGGGGGACGGGACAGGAUGUCACGUGGGCUGCUUUUCAGGCAUAAAAGUAUGGUUCUCCAAGGUAGCAUCCAGUUGUCAAACUGCUCUCUGGAAGCUUCAGGACCCCUCCAGGAAGAAACUCAGCGCGGAGCCCCGCCAGCCACGCUACCACCCACCGCCGCCACCGCUGCAGCCAACGCCGCGAUGCUCCUCCGCGCCCUGCUGCUCUGCGCUACGGUGGCGCUCAGCCACGCAGCAAAUCCUUGCUGUUCCAACCCAUGUCAAAACCGAGGUGAAUGUAUGAGCGUAGGAUUUGACCAGUAUAAGUGUGAUUGUACACGGACAGGAUUCUAUGGAGAAAAUUGUACAACCCCUGAGUUUCUGACAAGAAUAAAAUUACUGCUGAAGCCCACCCCAAACACAGUGCAUUACAUAUUGACCCACUUCAAGGGAGUCUGGAACAUUGUGAAUAACAUUCCCUUCCUGAGAAAUUCAAUCAUGAAAUAUGUGCUGACAUCCAGAUCACAUUUGAUUGACAGUCCACCAACUUAUAAUGUGCAUUAUGGCUACAAAAACUGGGAAGCCUUCUCUAACCUCUCCUACUACACCAGAGCCCUUCCUCCUGUAGCAGAUGACUGUCCAACUCCCAUGGGUGUGAAAGGAAAGAAGGAACUUCCUGAUUCAAAAGAAGUUCUGCAAAAAGUUCUUUUAAGAAGAAAGUUCAUCCCCGAUCCCCAAGGCACAAACAUGAUGUUCGCAUUCUUUGCCCAGCAUUUCACGCAUCAGUUUUUUAAGACAGACCAGAAACGAGGUCCUGCCUUCACCCGGGGACUGGGUCAUGGGGUGGACUUAAAUCAUAUUUAUGGUGAAACUCUAGACAGACAACAUAAACUGCGUCUUUUCAAGGAUGGAAAAUUAAAAUAUCAGGUUAUUGAUGGAGAGGUGUAUCCUCCCACAGUCAAAGAUACUCAGGUGGAGAUGAUGUACCCACCUCAUACCCCUGAGCACCUGCGCUUUGCCGUGGGGCAGGAGGUCUUUGGUCUGGUGCCUGGUUUGAUGAUGUAUGCCACCAUCUGGCUUCGGGAGCAUAACAGAGUGUGUGAUGUGCUCAGACAAGAGCAUCCUGAGUGGGAUGAUGAGCGGCUAUUCCAGACAAGCAGACUCAUCCUGAUAGGAGAGACAAUCAAGAUUGUGAUUGAGGACUACGUGCAGCAUUUAAGUGGUUAUCACUUCAAACUGAAGUUUGACCCAGAGCUGCUUUUCAACCAGCAGUUCCAGUACCAGAACCGCAUUGCCGCUGAGUUCAACACACUCUACCACUGGCAUCCCCUGCUGCCUGACACCUUUCACAUUGAAGACCAGGAGUACAACUUUAAACAGUUUCUCUACAACAACUCUAUACUGAUAGAACAUGGACUUGCCCAGUUCGUUGAAUCAUUCACCAGGCAAAAUGCUGGCCGGGUUGCUGGUGGUAGGAACGUCCCACUUGCAGUAGAAGCAGUGGCAAAGGCCUCCAUUGACCAGAGCAGACAGAUGAAGUACCAGCCUCUCAAUGAGUACCGCAAACGCUUCUCCCUGAAGCCCUAUGCAUCUUUUGAAGAACUUACAGGAGAGAAGGAAAUGGCUGCAGAGUUGGAGGCUCUCUAUGGUGACAUUGAUGCUAUGGAGCUGUACCCUGCCCUUCUGGUAGAAAAGCCUCGCCCAGAUGCUAUCUUUGGGGAGACCAUGGUAGAACUUGGAGCACCAUUCUCCUUGAAAGGACUUAUGGGUAAUCCUAUCUGUUCUCCUCACUACUGGAAGCCAAGCACUUUUGGGGGAGAAGUAGGUUUUAAGAUCAUCAACACUGCCUCGAUUCAGUCUCUCAUCUGCAAUAACGUGAAGGGCUGCCCCUUUACUUCAUUCAGUGUUCAAGAUCCACAGCCAACUAAAACAGCCACCAUCAACGCAAGUGCCUCCCACUCCAGACUAGAUGACAUCAACCCCACAGUGCUAAUCAAAAGGCGUUCGACUGAACUGUAGACGUUUAUUGGUCAUAUUUAUUUAUUUAUAUGAACAAUUUCUUUUAAUUUAAUUAUUUAAUAUUUAUACUAAAUGCCUUUUCUACUUAACAUCUUUAACAGAAGGCAGUGUUCUUGAAAGAUGUCACACUUGUGAAGGUUCCUGUGUCUCUACUUUAAAGAUCUACUGCCCACUGCCCUCAAGUUAAAGGGGAAAACAGCUUUCAUUCUUUUUCAUAAGACAGUGGGAAAUAUAUUUUGACAUCUUUUUACUUGAAUUUCAGUUCAUAUUAUAUCUAAGAAUUAAAGAGAAAUUUUUGAACACGUAAAUGAUGUUACACAAUGGAAAAUGCUACAAGUAUCAACACUGUUACAAUUUUUAUUAUUUUUUGGAUGUGUCCAAAGCAGCUAAUAAGGAAUUUUAACGAAAUUUUGAUAUUUAGCUAUCAUUCAGCAAACAAGGGGUGCAAGUUCAGUUUUAAGUGACUGCUUAAGGCAUUUCACUUUUAAAGGCAGUCUUGAAACAAAUCAUUUGAAUUUUUUAAUUGAGAGCUUCGAAUCACUUGCAAUCUCUCCAUUUUCUUGUUAUUAAACUUGUGCCCACAUGAAUUAAAAAGCUACCAUAAAUUUAAAUCUUUAAAAUUAGGCAGUUAAAAUAUUGUUUUCUUUUGUCAGCAGUGGUGAAAUCUGUUUACUGUGACUGUUACGUCUUAGGUCAAUGCCAGUGUAUGAAGGGUGGGACCAGUGCAGUCCUAUCUUAAAAUAAGAAUGUUUUCUCUAAGAAAUGUAUUUAUAUGACUAGUAAUAAGCAAAACCUAUAGCAACAAAGGAUUCUACAAAUAAAAUAAUGAAGAACAAAGAAUAAUUCCAAAUUAACAAUCACAUUUGGGUUUACACUUUGAAGGAGACUUUCUGACUUUGUGUCCUACUGACCUGGUACUGAACAGAUUUUUGCUGUGAAAUUAUUGACUUACCAAGCUGCACUUCAGUAAUGUAUUUUCUUUUAUUUUUCUCUUGGAGAGUGUGAUUUAGCAGUUCAUUUGCAAGUGCAGAAAGUAUCAGUGGCCACUAGGGGCCUUUUCACAAUGUUUAAACCCAUUUCACAUCAUCAUGUCUGAAUUUCAUAAGCCAGUGUGAUAUGGAUCGAGCCUGGUUACCAGCAUGCUGUUCUUUUACUAUCUUCUUUCUUGUAGCCACUUUGCUAUGAGAAGCUCUGGUGACCAGUUUCCUAUGUUGUCUUCAGAUUUUAAGAUCGGAGCUAUUUCCAUCUUUAAAUUCUAUUAAUGUCUUCUUACUUGAAGUUUGACACAUUCAGGAAAAUGUCAUCUCAGGACUACUAUUUUGCUCCUCUUCGGAGGAAUAGACUAAUUUUAAGUGAAAGGCAGAAAUUUUUAUUUAUAAUUUUAUCUAUUUAUACCCAAGAACUGUAGGGGUUUCCUGACGAGAACGUUACAUUCCUGUUGAAGAAUGCCUUUUCUUACUUAAAAACAAAACCAGUUACUGGGUAGUUCUGGGCAGUCGUAGUAAAUAUAAAAUAAUAAUGAUGAUAAUUUUCUACAUCUCAUUAUCAACUGAGGUACUGUAUAUUACUUAAUUUAUUGAGGAUAAUUAUUUAUGUCUUCCAGAUAUUAUUGUUAUAAACUGUGUUUAAGCCUACCAUGUUUUUCGUGGUAGAAUCAAUGUAUCUUUUUGUGAUUACCUCCCUGAACUAGUAUAUGAACAAUCAAAAGAAAUGAUUAGAUUAAUGUUCAAGAAUAAAUUUUAAGAAAGCUAGUCUGGUGUAUUGAGAAGUUUAAGGUUAGAAUUUAUGUUGUGUCUCACUUGCCUAAAUGCACCAUAAAGACUGACCUUUUUGACAUUUUUGAAGAACCUGUAGAUAUCAUAUUAAUUCAUUUGGAUGCAACUUACUGAGAAAAUGUGUUCAAAGCACAAUAGGCUUUAAUAUUCUUGAAUAAAGAAGUGGUUUAUAGAUAAAGUUGAUAUUUGUG